AUGGAGGAGAAUCCAAAGGUGGACCUCUGCGGAGCUGAGCCAGCCCAGAGUGAGGUGGAGAGCAAAGCACAGCAUCCUGCUCACGAAGAGACUCCUCCAGAAACACUUGGUCACCAAGUGACAAGCAGCUGUCCUGGCACCUCCUGCAAACCAGAGAAAGAUCCUUCAGUGGGCGAAUCAUCAACUGCUGAUGGGGGGGAGGUGACAGAGUCAGAGCUGGCUGGCCCUACGGAAGAGGAGAAGGUCCUGCAAGAAACCAAAGAGACAUUGGAAGAAUCUGGGGAGACAGGAGAUGGUGCCUCAGAAAGAUCUCAAGCAGAAGAUGACAUGGAUAGAGGCAGGCUAGCCCAAGACAAAACGGAGAGCAAAGGGGAGAGCCCUGUCCAGCAGGAAACACAUGGGCACCAGGAGACAGGCAGGCAACACAAGAGCUCCCACACACCAGAGGAAGAUGAUUUUUCAAUAGACAAGUCACUCCACUCGGGCAGCGAAAGGGGACAUUCAGGUCUGACAGCCACAGAAGGUGUCACCAGUGGCCUGUUGUCAGAGGAGAGCACCAGUGCCCCCCUCCUACAUGAGGGGCCAGAGCACAGGGAGCAAGAAACUCCAGAGAGCGAAUCCCACAGCAUGCUAAGGAACAGACGUGGGACCGAAGGACACACAGCACAAAAGUCAGAGGCUCAAUCCUGCCUGCAGAACGUCACCCCCCAAAACACCAAGCAGGAGAUGGCUAAAAUGCCCUUCUUGCUGAAAGGUGAGGAACAGAAGCUUCCCUUGCGGGUUACUCAUCGUCCAGAAGGCACUGAUCCUCCACGAACAAGUCUUGCACUCGUGCUCUUCGUACUGUUUGUCAUCAUCAUCUACCGCUUUGGCAUCCUGGCCUCCAAGUCCCAGCGAGUUCCCACGAACCCCAUAGUGGAGGCCUUCGUGUCCCAGUUUAACGAGCUGCAGGACAGGUUCCCGGGGCAGAGCCCCCACCUGUGGCUUCGGGGGCGCAAGUUCCUGCAGAAGCACCUCAAUGCGUCUCACCACAGCGAGCCAGCCAUCAUCAUGUUCACGGCCGCGCGCGAAGGCAGGAGGACCUUGCAGUGCCUUUCAGCCCACGUGGCUGACACCUACGCAGCCGCCUUGCAUGCCAGCACAGUCCACAUCCAUGGCACGGAUAAAUCCGGGCUCCAGAGUGACCAGGCCAAGCUGGAGGUGGACAAGGAGCUAAGCUCAGCUUUCCAGGCGGGGGGCCGUGCAGCAGUGAUACACCACUUCGAGUCGCUGCCCCCAGGAGCCACCCUCAUCUUCUACAAAUACUGUGACCAUGAAAGCGCUGCGUUCAAGGAUGUAGCCCUGCUGCUGACUGUGCUGCUGGAGGAGGAGACGCUGGAGCCCCACAUCAGCCUCCCCCAGGUGGAGGAGAGAGUCCGGGACUUCCUCUGGGCCAAGUUCACUGACACCGGUGCCCCCAGCUCCUACAACCACAUGGAUACUGACAAGCUGAGCGGGCUGUGGAGUCGCAUCUCCCACCUGGUCCUCCCCAUCCAUCCGGUCCAGACCAUCGAGGAGGAAGGCUGCCACCCACACACCAAACCCUAG